AUGGGGCAACUGUUUCUGGUUGAUGAUGAUGAUGUCACGCAGGAAGAACUGCUGAAACAAGUUUCCCGUAAAUUCAUCCUAGCGGCCAGAAAAAGGAACAGCAGGAUUUCAGGAAAGAAACAGAGAAACAUUAAACAAAAAGCCAAAACUUCAUCAGUAAUGUCUUCUCUGGUGACAGAUUCUAACAUUCGUGAAAUACAAUCAUCUUCCACAUAUCAGGCUUGUACGUCGCCAACUCAGCCUUUCCAGGGAGCAGCUGGUUUUCGAUAUGAGAAAAAGGCUGUUGAGAAAAUGCAGAUUGAUGGUAAUGAAAAACCUGGCAACAGCUGGCAAGCGAGCUUGGUUAAAGUCAACAGGAAAAGAACAACGGCCAGUUUUAUUGAAGGUCACAGUGAAAGGAAUUGUUCGAAAAGGGUACGUAAAAAUUCAUGCGAACUCUUGAAAGACAAGCUGAAAAGAAGCAUUUGUGUGGCUAAAUCAACUCCAGAAACUGGCUCGUGUGAGGAAAUAUAUUAUGUCUCUUCUUGUGAUAGCGAAGAUGAAAAUUUAGAAGAGUCUCCUGCUUCAAGCAGUAAACUGGCACAACCUGGUUAUUCUCUAGGGCUUCAUAAACGUAGAGAUCAGGCCAAAGUAGGUUCAAAUCACGUGCAGAACAAGAAAAGUGGUGCUUCUGUUAGUGCACGUAGUGUUACUUACAAUGGUUUUACUGUAUGGCCCAACUUUGACAGAAAGAACAAAACCAAAAUAAAGAAACAGUCUAACAACUUGGAGAAAGCUGAAAUUCGCAAAUAUAGUGGUGAACAGAAACUUGAAGAAAGUUUUACUGAAAGUGGUUGCAGUUCAAGUGAAAGCGGAGUUUCCGAAUCAAGAACACCCAGUUCAGAAUGGAUCUUGCAUGAUAGAGAUAACUCAUUUUGUCUGAAGAGGAUCUUUAAUACAGAUGGUGCUUCUGCAGCUGCUGCCAUCGUGUUGGACGGAGAUGAUACAAGUCAUCAAGUUAUAGGUGGUGUUCGACUGCCAGCCGUAGUAGACAUACCAGACUGGAUGUAUGUAGCUAUUGAUUGUGAGAUGGUCGGUGUGGGACCCAAAGGAAAGAAAAGCGUUCUGGCCCGCUGCAGCAUUGUUGACUAUGAAGGCUCUGUUUUGUAUGACAAGUACAUUCAGCCAACUGAAACCAUCACCGACUACAGGACGCCCUGGAGUGGAAUACGGCCAGUGCAUAUGAAUACUGCUGUGUCCAGAGACUUGGCACUGAGAGACAUUAAGGAAUGCCUGGCCCACAAGGUUGUGAUCGGCCAUGCCGUGUACCACGACUUCAAGGUUUUAGGGAUCACACCAGAUCACCAUUUUGUACGAGACACGGCUCAGUGCGCCCAGCUAGUGGAGAUGGCACAGCUUCAGGGCAAGGGAAACGGUUUGAAGAAAUUGUCAGAGGCCUUAUUAGAUAGACAAAUACAGGUCGGUCGACAGGGCCACUGUUCCGUCGAGGAUGCUCGAGCGACCCUCGAUCUUUUCAAAUUGGUCCGCCAUUCCUGGGAGCCAGCCUUGUAUCUGAAGUGGUCGCAGAAGGAGGCGGACAUUUGUGGCAAGGUGGCCCGUUUUGUGGACAAUGCCACCAGGCAGAGAAAUUCUGCUGAUAACUUUCUUGAUGAUAUAUUUUGGCCGAGUGAUGUUACUAAGUAA